AUGGUCUCACUCACUACUUCACUCGCUCUCUUCAGCACACUACUCCUUACACCAACCACACUCUCUGCACCCCUCGAUCUGGAAAGGCGAGACGGUGCUGUCUACGCUAGCACCAUCUCAUCUUGCCCAGCUAUACCGGCUCGUACAGCUCCACCGAGCAGCGUUCACGAUCUUCGCCCGGAUGACUUUUCGUAUACCAUGGCACUGGGUGACUCUAUCACCGCUGGAUGCUUUAGUCGAGGUAUCCAGAACAAUGUUCUCACUAGCUUUGGCGAGUGGCGCGGCGAGUCGUAUGCAAAUGGCAUGGACCCUGGCGCCAUAACCCUUCCAAACAUCAUGAAGCGGUACAAUCCCUCUCUCAGUGGAGGCAGCCUAGGCUCGAAUCCGAUCCCGGAACUUUGCUACGGUGCUCUUUGUCCAAUUGGUCCAAUUGGAUGGAACUCCAAGGUGGAUCAGCUUAAUGCCGCUCAAUCUGGCGCAAUGGCGACCAAUAUUCCACACGAGGUCAACGACUAUCUCAUCCCUCAAAUCCGAGCACGCAAGAUUCCCUCGACGGCGUUCAAAUACCUGAAUCUUCAAAUUGGCUCCAACGAUCUUUGCGGAAUGUGCCACCAGGCCAUCGUGGGCUUUGGUCCUUCAUCCCCAGAUGAGUUUGAGAGCAGCAUUCGCAAGGCUCUUGAAGCGGUAAGAAAGAAUAUACCUAACACUGUGGUCAACGUCGUGGGAGUUUUCAAGGUUUCAGAUGUCUACUCGAUGACUCUCAACCAGCCAUACUGUUCCCAACUACUUCCAGUUCCUCACGUGAAUCUCGAGUGCCCAUGUAUGCUUCUGGGUGGAAAAGUCGGCGCUGCUACUCGCGCUCUCAUGGACUCGCUGAUGAACCAGUACAACGAGCGGCUAAUCAAGAUUGUCAAAGAAUAUCAAACAAAGCGCUACUCCGACUUCGCCGUACUCUGGCAACCUCCCAACAUUCCACUAAGCACGUUCCCAGUCCAUGCGUUGUCUAGCGUGGACUGCUUUCACCCCUCGAUCAAGACGCACCAGCUGAUGGCCGCAGAACUCUGGAAUCGCCUCGUUGGGAACGCCACAGAGCGUGCUGUUCCUCUCGCUUGGUCGGAAAGCCUGCAGUUUAGAUGCUUGCAAGAGGCCGAUCGGAUCCACACUGAUACCCUGAUCUGA